AUCAUAUUCUCUCACACACACACGCGCAUUAGAUUUAAUAAUUAUCUUUGCUUUGAUCCGCUCUUUGAUAGUGUCGAUAAAACAGCAUCCGCUAGGGUGAUAAAUGUGCGUGGCUGUUUACAUUUCUCUUUUCUCGUGUUAUUGGUGGAUAAAUUUAGCUCAAGUUGCAGGCAUCAGCUCAGUAACCGAACAUAUACAGCAUGGUCAUUCCUCUCCUCCGUCUCCCCUCAUCGGUGAACUUGGGUUGUGGCUAUCUGGGUACACAAUGUACGACCAUGCUUUUGAUGUAAAACAACUGCGCAAGAGACGGAUAGAAACAGGGGGGCUAAGAGAAGAAGAAGGGGGGACGUGAGUAUCGUGUGGUGUUGCACAAUGUUCAUCUUCAUGGGUCCUUCGCUUCGCGCAAUGGACACGCAACAUCCCUCCAUUUAUCGUUUCAGCUCGUUGCGCACACUUGUAAAUUAGCUGCUCCUUUUCUUGCGAUACGUCCUCUAUACAGCUCGGCCCCUUCCAUGGUACCAGUACCUUACUAUUCUCUCAAGUCAAGUGAGAUGAAAGAAGAGUAUUAAAUAAGACUGAAAAACAUAACGUUAUCUUUUCUCAUAAGCUGAACAUUAAUUAUUGACAAACUUUGACAUUAGUCAAAGUACUACUCCCAUUAACGUCUACUACACUGAAAGUUCAAAUGGAUAAGAAAAGGCAAAAGGCAACACCUGCACCAAGACUGGAGAAAGAAGAGAGGACAGAAGACAGGAAGAGGAUGAGAAAAACCAAAGGGGCUGAACCAGAAGCUUCCUCAAAGAAUACUAACAUCGAACUUAAGCCCCAGCAGCAGACUAGGCCAGGGGAGUUAACAGAUACAAAGUCUGACCAUUCAGACGGAAAUGUAAGAAUGAAAAUAGGGGUUGGAGCAAAACGGACGAAGAAGCCCCCAAAGAGCCUUGAGAACUUCAUAUGCAGGCCCACAAUUAGGAUCUCUCAAAGGCUUGCACACGGAGAUGGUCAUAGUUCAUGUGGAGGUGAAGUCUCCAGUUCUGAAAUCAGAGUGGGCAAGCAGUCAAAUCGAGAGAUUCAGAAAAAAGAUAGCAACAAUUCCAUUUCUCCAAAAGGUUCCACAAGAAUGAAUCUCCCACUUCCCACUUCAUCCAAAAAAGGUGACUCUACACCAGUCAUUACAGCCUCUAAAAAGACUCCAUCAAAAAACAUGAGGAAGACUGACUCAAAGUCAUUAUUCCCAUCAGAUGGACCUUCUUAUGCAGUUCAACCACAGACAGAUAGCAAAGUACCACUUUCAGAUAGGAUAACUUCCUCUACCUUGCUGAAACAGACGAAUUCACCUCCAGCUGCCCCUUCUCCACCUUCCUCAUUACAACAGAACUCCAGUCCACAAGACAGCACGCAAGUUUUAAAUGUUCAGAGAACAUGUAAAGAAAAGGGCAAAGAUCUCCCAACUGGAGAAGUAAUGACCUCCUCCCUUAGUUCAGAAUGUUCAAAGGUUAUAACUCUGAAUGCUCAGGCAUCUCAGCAGUCUUCUUCCAGUCUUGAAAAUGACAGCACAUCGUUUCCAAUAUCAUGUAGUGAGAAUUCACUCAAGCAAACUCCCUGUCCUCCAAAAAAGACUUCUAAAGUCAGGGAAAGUCAUGCUGCAAAUGAGAAAGAGGAUGGAAAUUCUGCAUGUUCCAAGAACAUGUGUAACACCAUAACUAACAAAAUGGAAAAUGGUUUAUUGCAUCAAGCAAGUCCCUCUAUCAAGAUACCUCUGCUCCUUUCUGCUUCAGAUAAAUCUGCUGAAUCAGCAACUCCUGAGAACAGCACUUGUACAAAAGAGAUACUGGAGAGCAAAGUAAGAAACAAGAAGUAUAAUGAAAGUGAAGUCAUAGAUGACACCAGAAAAAUGACCAUGGAACCUGCCCAAACCGUUGCUGUCCAGCCAAAUGAUGGCAGCAGAAUGGGGCAUAUCAUUGACAAGAAUAAGAAAAAAGAUAAGCAUAGUUCAAACCAGGAAGAAGAUGCACAGUGUUCCUCUCAAACUUCCAGCUGUGCAGAUUCUCAGUUUAACAGUUCUGUUCUAAGUGAUGAGUCACCUUUACACCCCAAACAAAACACCAUCUCACAGAACAAUCAAAACGCUGUUGAGAUGACAAAGAUGGCAAAUAAAGGGGAGAAGAUGGAUCUUGUCAAAACUGUUAAUGUUAGUUCCACUGCCUCUAAAAUGAUACCUCAAAAAACAAAACCUAUAAAAGUUCCUUACAUGAAGUCCUCAAAGGCAUUGUCAUCACAGCAGGGUAAAACAAGACCAGUUGGACGACCUCCUAAAUCUAAACAACUGCAACAUCCAUCACCCAGAUCAGAAACCUCAUCCCUUGAGCCCCCUCCUAAGAAAAGAGGUCGUCCAAAAAUCAUCAGGUUGGAUGAGUCUCCUCAGGGAAGUCAGUCUCAGAAGUCUUCUACUAAGCUCCCCAUACUUGAACACUCAAAUGUCCCUGAUCCAGAGGAUGGACUGAAACUCCCAAAGCCAACACCCAAAACACAAGUUCAUCCCAAAUGUUCCUCCUCUGUCAAGACAAAGAAAUCUAAAUCACAAGACUCAUCAUCUGGAAAGAAGGGUGGUGAAGGAAAACUCAAACCAUCCUUGUCCAAAGCUAGAGAUGCUCAAAUCCGCCGCAAACGAAAUAGGUUAAUAAUGAAAACAAUUAUCAAAAAUAUCAAUAAGAUGAGAGUAAAGAAGAAGGAUAAAGUACUCACACAGUUUCUUUCAGGGCAAAGCCAAAGUUACACAACUGAUUUUGCUCAGAAGAACAAUGAAGGUGAUGCUGAUUGUUCAGUUUCAGAUGGUACACACUCUUUAUCCUCACUUCUGACAUCUUUUGGGGCAAAACUUGGCCCACAAAUUAAUGUCAGCAAACGUGGGACUAUCUACAUAGGAAAAAGGAGAGGUCGUAAGCCUAAAACUCAGAGGGAAACUUCUGGCCAAGACUCUGGCCAAGUUCUGAGUCAAACGUCUCAGCAAGUCUUGACAGAAUCUUCAAAUCAGUUGAACUCUUUGUCCACCUCUGGUGAGCAUAGCCAUUCAUUUAAUGGCCAAUCUGCUUUGUGCAGCUUCCCCUAUUCAUUUAAACAUCUUGAGUCCCCUUCGCCCACUAUUAGUUCUUUCCGGAGAAAGCUUCAUCCUGGCAACCAUGAAUAUGAUCAACAUUCUGCUCCAAAGGUAACCAGUUCCCAAAAGGUUAAAGCAGUACCUGAAGAGAAAUCUAAACCUCCUUCCUCUUCACAGUCAGCACCACACCCUUCGGCCACAUCCCAGUUAGGCUCUGUAAGGAUUCAAGACCACAGAACAACACACCUUGCACGAUCAGCAUUGAUGGAGCAAGAAAGACUCAAAUACAAGUGCCAUAGAAAAGGUCAUAAUUGCUUUAGCCAUGAUAAGACUAGGAGACAUAAACACAAAUGUAAGAAAAAGUUUCUUCAACUCAGGGCCAAAAGGCAAGACCCAGCUUUUCUGGCAGAGGUUGAGGAGUUAGUGGUCAGACUUAGUGAGAUUCAUAUUGUACAUCAUAUAUCAUCACGUGGGUGUGGGGAUGAAGCUAAGUCUGGAAGAAAGAGUGGGAAAGGUAAAGCUCACGUUCUUCAGUGUCUGCCGCAAAACCUUCACCAUCCGACUAUGUUUCAGAUCAACUUCAGUGGUUACUACUCACCUCAGUCAGAGUUUUCCCGUGACUCUCUGCAUUAUGUUGGAAUGGCAGAUUUUAAAAGGAACAAUGGAUGCCCCUCACAACCAGGUGAACAUAUUGUUACACAUUGUCCAGUAGUGCACAAACUUGGCUUCCCACUGUCAGGAGGUGGUUGUUACCACUCGCCCUACAAAAUGCCACUCUCUACCACCUCAUUUGGUUUUGGACUUUAUAGUGGAUACCCUCCAUCUGCAACUAUAUACCCUUCGUCACCUUUUUUACCCUCUUAUGUGCACCCCUACUCCAAAAAUUCCAUUUUAAGCCCAUCAAAGUUCCAUAAAAGGAAGCAUAAGUUUCUGAAACGCGACUCUGUUCUUUGUAGUGGGAAGCCACAGGCGACGUACGCUAAUGUAACAUCUCAUUCUUCUAGUGAUUGGUUCAGUAGAAAUAGCUGGCAAAGAAAAGACAACAGAGAGCAAGGUAGAGAUAAAAGAUUUGUGGAUGAUAGGCUUAGAGAAAGAGAAGGAACAGAGGGUUUACUAGGACAAAGUAAGCUCAGGAAAGACCAUUUCAGAAGAGGUCUAUCCUCAAAUUCACCCUGCUCUUCCUCAACACCCUUAAAACAAACAGACCAACAAAAAACUUCACCACUUUCAUAUAUAGGACCUGCACACCUGAGACCGAUAUCAAAAGUUAGGUGGGCAGAGCAUCAGCAGCCAUGGAGGUGGAGAGAGAGCUUUCAGGUAGAGCCAAGGAACAGGGGCUUAAACCAAGAAGCUGGGUCAGGGUACCAGGAGGAUGAUGAUGAAGGUGAUGAAGACCUACCAUCACCUCCCCUAGUAGACAGAACAAUCCACCAUCACGCUUUCCUGAGGAAUCCCAACCUUGCUAGCAGUGGGUACAGUCGAAUGACAGGCCAAAGGAGUACAGAUGGAGUACAGUGUGCUUCAAGAAACUUAAUGAGACCUGGAAGCUCAAUGAUGAAGGAAUCUUGCUCAGCUGGAGGCAAAAGAACAUCAGAGAGCUUCCAGCCUGGCAGUUCACUCUUCCGUGAGCACUAUCCGCAUGCUAGUCCAUCGCUUAAUGAAGGACAAGAGGGAGGAGAAAGAGAGAAAAGACCCAACAUCAGCAAAACACAUUUUCAGACCAAUGAUAUCAGGCUUUUUUCCUCUUGUUCUGCUACCAAAAACAGCCUUUCUCAUUUAAAUAAUUCUAAAAACACAACACAGAACAAGGGUACACUGAAACAUGCCAAAAAGCCUCUCAGGAAGAAGAACCCCAAAGGUCAAGAGGUCACAGGAAGUGAGGUGAAGAGGAGGGGACCAGGUCGACCAAGGAAAAACCCUGCACCGUGUUUUUUUCCAACUCAACUGGCCACACCUUUGCAUCAUGAAGUGACAGAAUGUCCUGCAAAACGGAACAAAGGUGAAAGAGAUGAUUACACAGUGCUCAAUGCGAUUGAGACCAUGGCUCAACAUGAGAAAAGGCAAAGAAGGAAAAAAAGAGAUGAAGCUAGAAGCAACGAAGGUCAGGUAGAUGAAGGAAAAGAUGUAACUCUGAGCCAAGAGCCCUCACAGUCGCACGUUGACACAUCCUCACCUUCCCAGGACCCAUCAGUGUCAGUAAACAGCCAAUCAGAGAAGAGGUCUGCUGUGCCACAUGAAAAGAAAUACGAGUGGGCGGGGCUUUACUCAAAUGUGUACAAAAGCGAGAACCCCAUGAGUCUGUCCUCUCCAGUACACACAGACUGCCUUGAGUACGAUCCUGAAGAACAUGAGCACGGCCUGCUUCCUGCACCUAUACACGUAGGAAAGUAUCUGAGGUUGAAACGGAUUGACUUUCAGUUGCCCUAUGACAUAUAUCAACUCUGUGCACACAAAAAGCGUCCUAAAAAAUCAAAGACCCCACGAAAGACAGCCCCAUCCGAUGGGUCUGUUGAUGUAAUGUCUCACACUCAGACCGAAGACAGUUUCUGUAAACCUCAUAAACACAGUGUGACUCGUGACUGCGUUUCUGACAGCCUUAAUAGAAAUGUCAGCUGUAGACCAACUACAGAGGAGGUUGAAGAAGAAAUCAGUGAAACAGACACUGAUAAUAAGCUUCCCAAUCAAUCCGACCCUUUCGAACAGCAGGAGAAAGGCAAUGAUGCUGAAACUGUCCCCUCCCCUCUCCUGAUGAUGCCCUUGUCUUUUGAGGAGAGGAGUUUUGUCUUGGAGCAUGGCAUUUUUCUGGUGAGAAACUAUGAAAAAAUGAGAGACAGACAGGCAUUGCUCCUGAGGGAGGAGGUGACAGAGCGAGAGAAAGAAAACAAAGAAGAUGGAGGGAGCAGCCAAAGUCAGAAAGGGGAUCUGGAAGACACCAGCACUAAGUCAGACCGGCGCCUGACUCGUUCGAGUCCACGGCCUGAAAACAGACUCAGCGGCGAGGGAGAUGAGGAGGGGAGAAGUGUACAGAGCAGAAACCUCACGCAAACACUCCAGGGGAUCUAUGACGUCAUUGUCAGUCACAAGGGGUCAUCUGGACAAACCCUCGCCGCUCCUCUGCUGAACCUGUGCUCCCGAAAGAGAUCAGGCUCGGCUCCCGUUGAUCUUAGUAUGUUGCAGAGGCAGCUCCUCUCAGGCCACUAUGAGAGUCUGGACACCUUUCAUUCGGACAUGCUGAAGGUGUUCCACUGCGCUGAGAAAUACUACGGAUGCGAGUCCUCAGUGGGUCGUAACGUGAGGCAGCUGAGGGAAGUGUACCAUAGUGCUCAUCAGGAGGCCUUAACUCAGAUCGGCAGUUUCCUGUGAGUGACAAAAAACCACACCAGCAGCCUCUAUCAGGGCGUUGCUGUGACCAAACCCAGAAGCAUGAUGCGCCUUCCAGAAGGCAGAUAAUGCUCUCCGAUACCAAAGACCUGCUGUAUAUUGCACUCACAGAUGCACUGCACAGGUUAAGACAGCACUCCUGGAAAUGCCAUUUGUGAGCAUGGACAUGGCUGAUGCUUGACAACAUGAUUAGUUGAAAGCAUCCCAGCCUUUCUUUCUCUCAGGGAAAAGAAAGUCAACCGAAGGAACAGGAGACGUGAUAAAACAAAUCAACAUCUGAGACCCCAGAUCCUUUCAUAUACCCGAACAACAUGUAAUACUUUCAUUUUGAGAUGUUAUCCAGUAGACUGAACAUAAACAUGUUGAAUGGGAUGCAGGAAACCAUGCAGACAAGACGUGAUGCUCUUUUGGGUCACACACAGACUGUUUUAAAUCAUUCAACACACCGCAUCGACAUACCAACAAGAAAAUGGACUUCACUACUCUUAAUAGGCUUCGCUGACUGAACAGUUUUAAAGGAUGUGAGCAGAAUUGUGGUCUACAGCCUUUUUAGUGUUUUGUGUUGAGGGUUAUAACUAUAAAGUAAGCAAUAAUGCAUGAAAGGUUUAAUAACACAGCCUUAAUGUAAGCAAAUGUGUUUGUUUAUAGUCAUUUUAGAACAAUUUUGAUUUUAAAGGGAAUUUACUACUACUUCGUGCAGAGCUGUCUUGUGCGUGUGACGUUUUGUAAUAUAUUGAUUUGAAGCAGUAAUCUUUAUAGCUUUGAGACUUGCAGAUAUGUUUUCUACUAUUGUAUAUUGUAAAUAAUGUAUAUUUAGAAAAUUAUGUUUAGUAUGGUUUAAGAAACUCUAUUUACAGUCUUAAAUUGUUGUGGUUAAAUAAUCUGUUUUCCAUUGAUUCUUUAAUAAUAUUUUUAUAGAUAGUUUUUUGAUGGUGUCUCGAUGCAUGUGUAACAGGACAUUCAGUGCCUGUAAAACAUCAGAUUUUUAUCAUCUUUAUGCAUGACAUACUUUAUAUUGCUUAAUGUAUAAUAGCUGUGUAUGCAACAAAGUAUAUGUUUAUGCUGAACUAAGAAAUUAGUUGUUAGAAGCUCAUUAAGCAGCUUAAAGCAGAACAAAUGAAUUAAACCAGCUACAUUAGUUAACUAAUAAAAGUGAGUCAAUAUUUGGA